UCGAGUCAGCUAUUAGUCACAACAAAGCCGGGUAUGGCUCUUUUAAAACAGUCGGCAUUGGCACACGAAACGUGCUGCCGCGUUUUUAAUCCUCAUAAUAUAAUUCAAACUAUGAAUUUAAUUAUUAAUAAUGUGAAAUAUGUGAAUUAGAACAAUGAAAUACUCUUUGUUGAUUUGCGUCUUUUUGGUGUCUUGCGCUGUGAACGCCGACAUACCUUGCGCAGCGCGCGUCGUCAAGAGUAAUUUUAUAGUGUGUGUAUGCAACAGCACGUAUUGUGACUCCAUUACUGUCGACAAGCCGGAUAGUGGCAAUUACGUCACUUAUACAUCUUCGGAAGGAGGCUUACGCUUCGAGAAAUCACAGGGCACUCUGGAUAAUUACAAUCAUUCAUCAACAUGCUGCUCAGUGACUCUGGAUAUAGAUGUGAACACUAAGUACCAGACGAUAGAAGGCUUCGGCGGCGCCGUCACCGACUCGGCUGCUAUGAACUGGAAGAGUUUAUCCGAAACGACGCAGCAAUUUCUCAUUGAUUCAUAUUUCGGCGCGAGUGGUAUAGAGUACAACAUGAUUCGUGUUCCCAUCGGAGGCACUGAUUUCUCCACUCAUCCUUAUGCUUACAACGAAAUUCCUGAGAAUGAUGCGAAGUUAAGUAAUUUUUCGCUGACCUUCGAGGAUUAUGAGUUUAAGAUACCGCUUAUCAAGAAAGCGUUCGAAGCUUCCAAGAGUCCCAUCCAUCUGAUAGCGACGACGUGGUCACCUCCGCCGUGGAUGAAGACGAACCGCGCGUACACCGGCGUCAGUCAUCUGAAGACAGAGUUCUACCAGACUUACGCUGACUACCAUUACAAAUUUUUGGAGAAAUAUGCAGAAGUGGGUGUUCCCAUUUGGGCAAUCACUACCACCAACGAGCCAAUUUCAGGAGCGCUGGGAGUCAAUGCAUUUAAUACACUUGGGUGGACCGCAUCAGCUAUGGGUAAAUGGAUUUCAGAAAAUUUGGGACCGACGAUACGAAAUUCGACGUUCAAGAAUUUGAAAAUUCUCGUGGCCGACGACCAAAGGAUAGUCCUACCAUAUUACUUUAAUAUUAUGCUCAAUGAGCACCCGAAUGCAUUGCAAUACAUAGACGGGAUCGCGGUACAUUACUACUCCGAUUUCAUAACACCAGCCAUAAUUCUGACAGAAGUUAACAAGAAUUACCCACAUAUAUUUAUUAUCGCCACAGAAGCUUGCGAAGGAAGUUUUAAAUGGGAAAGGGAACGUGUCUCGUUCGGCUCGUGGCAGAGGGGCAGGAAUUACAUCAAUGACAUUAUUGAAGAUCUAAACCAUAACGUAGUAGGUUGGAUGGAUUGGAACAUAUGUCUGAACCAGCAAGGAGGGCCAACAUGGGCUGAAAACAAUGUAGACUCUCCCAUACUAGUAAAUGCAGUGAAGGACGAAUUUUACAAACAGCCCAUGUUCUACGCGAUGGGACACUUCUCGAAGUUCAUACCGAGAGGCUCUAGGCGGAUAAAAGUCACAGAGAAGAAGUUCGUCUUUGAAAAAUCCGUGGAAAAUGUUGCGUUCUUGACGCCUUACAAUACUAUUGUAGUUGUUAUGUAUAAUGACGGCUACGAGAAGACUGUCAGGAUAAAGUUUCAGGAUAAGCAAGCGGUUAUAAAAAUGACAAAGAAAUCCAUUACUACUAUAAUUUUUCCGAACAGUGCAAAUUAGUUGCUUUAAAUAACUUCUACCUAGUCUUGCCAUAAAUAUUGUAAUAAAGAAAAAAGAAAAUUGUUAACUGCAAAUAACAUUUAUUACUUUUACAGUGUGUCAGUUUAAUACAUAAAUAUAAAACAAUUAAAAAUA